CUGAUGUCUUCGUGGAAGGGUGAAGAAGAGCUCAAGGGCGCGCUGUCGUCCUUGGCCACGGCCAAGGGUGUGUCUGCCAACCGCAUCAAGGGAGCUACCGUGGCGUGCAUGAAGUGGUCCAAGGAGUACAAGCGCGUGGUGCAUGCCGUGGAGAACGUCAUGUGGAAGGCCGACGUGGAGCAUCGGUUGGCGUACAUGUACCUGAUUGAUGCGCUCAUCCGAGCGUCGCAGACAAAAUUCGGAGACGACAAAGAUCACUUUGCCAAGAGGUUUGGGCUGCACAUGCAUCACACGUUGUCUGCUUGCCGAAAAGUCCCCGACGAUCACAAGAGCAACGUGAAGAAGGUCGUUGUUGAAUGGAAGAAGCGAGGGGUGUACACUGCACAGGAGAUCGAAGAGGCCGGGGGAGCGGACUUUCUCGGCGACGGCCCCUUGGACUCUGGCGACCGACCGCCACCGAGCAAGGAAAAGAUCUCGUCGUUGCUGGACAGCUUACAGAAACUGAAGCAGCAGCACCAACAAGAUGCCCCUCCUGCCACAGACAGAGAUCAACCCCCCCGUAAAGAGUCGCCACCUCGCCAUCAGUACGACAUCAUGUCCGCAUCAGCGUACCAACAGCGUCCAUCGCCCUCGCAACCCAAACCUCGAUAUGCAGACCCAUCCAGCGCCUCCUCCCAGUCCUCGUCUCGCUUCGAAGCUGCACCCAAUCGAUACCCGGACGACAUGCCGACGCCUUCAUCACGUUUUGACCAACCUUCAACUUCUCGCUUCAACCAGCCCCCACCUCCUAAUUCCCGAUUCGAUCAACCUCCUCAGCAGGGAACUUCCCGGUUCGAUCAGCCUACCCAGCAGGCAAAUUCCCGAUUUGAUCAACCUCCCCAACAGGGAUCUUCUCGAUUUGAUCAGCCUCCGCAGCAGAGUUCUUCCCGUUUUGAUCAAAAUCAGGCAAAUUCCCGUUUUGAUCAACCUCAGGGGGUAAAUUCCCGUCGCUUUGAUCAGCCUCCGUCGAAUACCCGCUUCGAUGCGCCGCCCAACCCUUCGUUUGCUCGCUUUGACCAGCCGCCGUCUGGUCCGUUUAAUGCGCUACCACCAAAGCACCAAGAGUUUGGGUAUCCUCCCCCUCGCAGUGACGGUUCCCUGCUGGGGAGAAAUCCCCCUGGACAAGAGACGUUGAAGCGGGCACGGUCGCGGUCCCGCAGUCGAUCGCCCAACAAACGCCGAGGCCCUUGUCGCGACUUUCAAAUGGGUCGGUGCAGUCGGGGCAACCAAUGCCGCUUUGCGCACGACGGAGACGUUCCGUCCAAUCACGGCCCCCCGCCACCCAUGGCGUCCAUUUUGCCGUCGCCCCAGUCGACCAUGCCGCCUCCAUUCCUCGGAAAACCUCCGCAACUGAAAACCCGAUUGUGUAAUACGUUUCCCAAUUGCCGAUUUGGCGACCGAUGUAAUUUUGCACACGGAGAGCGGGAGCUCGGGACCAUUGGAGGUGGCUCCACGGACGGGUUUCUUAACAAGAGCCUGCCGCCGCAGUUUCUCCGCCAGCCAUCGCCGAGUCCAUUUCUCCAAGGACAUCAUCCACCGCAUCCUAUGCACAUGAUGAUGAUGGCUGGAAUGCCCAUGAUGAAUCCUAUUAAUAAUACUAUUCCGUCCACUUGCACUCCCAUGGCGCCGCCGCAUCACACUCCCAUGGCGCAUCACACUCCCACCGAGCCGAACCAACCGCCCCGUCAGCGCCGGUCUCGCUGGGAGGACAAGAAGCCGUCGGCCCCCACGACCUCGUCCCAUCAAGAUCAAGCCAAACGACAUGACGACCCGCCGCAGCGCAAGCUAGACGUGGACGACGAGCCAGCGGAAGACACGGCCCCUGCCCCCGAGUUUACGUUAGAAUACGACGAUGACAAUUAACAGGGUUUUACUGCAACAUGUGGAACUGCAAUAACGUUACAAG